AUGGUAAUUGCGUUAUUGAGUUAUUCACUGUUGUAUUGGAGUGAAUUAUAUUCUUAUGAUGCUGAGAAUGUGGAUUCCACAACGCUGUUUCUCUCUUUUGUCUGGUGUGCAUUAACUAUUGGGCUGAAAUCUACUCUUGGAUUUUUCACGAAACCUCAAAAUUUUAAGGGAACAGUAUCAUUUGGCGCUGGUUUCUUCUUCGUUAUUAUUGGUUGGCCAAUCAUUGGCAUGAUUUUGGAAUUGUAUGGGUUCAUUGUACUUUUCAGUGGCUUCUGGCCUACUCUUGCAGUUUUUCUGCAGAGGAUACCUAUUCUUGGUUGGGUUUUGCAACAUCCAAUCUUUAGAUCGUUGAUAGACAGAUAUCGCGGGAAACGGGUACCAGUAUAAAGCUACGGAUGACUGGAAAAUAGUGAAGAAGUUGAUUCAAAUGUGUAGUUUUUCUUUUUUAUAGUUUUCUUUAGGGAUGUGUGUAUCUUCAUUACUCUACCUCAGUGAUUCAUGUUUUUGCCCACUUUCAUGGGAGCUGAUAAUUCUACAUUUCCUUGUACAGAUCAAACUAGCACAGGAAUAGUUAUUUUGUCAUCUUUUUGAGUUCA